GGUGUGCCGAGAGCCGGAAAACUACGCCCGUUUGCCCUGCACAUAGCCGCUCCCCUCCCGCAGCAGCACCUGCAGCGUUUUCCUCCGGAGAUCGCCGGCUGGGGACGGCGCCUCUCUCCCUCGGGCCCCUGCACCGGUCUCAGCACAAGCCUGGCCCAUCUGCUGCUGCAGCCGCCCUUCCAGCCGGGCACAGGCAGGGUCUCCACAAAAGGAUGGGUUGCCAUGGCCUUCUCAGUUUUGGAAAGAAGCUGCUUCGCCGGAAAGUUGUGAACUGGACCAGAGAAGAGAGCAAGCUGUCACGAUGCCUCAACACUUUUGACUUGGUAGCUCUUGGUGUAGGUAGCACACUUGGUGCGGGUGUCUAUAUACUGGCUGGAGCAGUGGCACGAGAAAACGCGGGACCUGCGAUUGUUAUCUCUUUCUUGAUUGCCGCAUUGGCUUCUGUGCUGGCUGGACUUUGUUACGCAGAAUUUGGUGCUAGAGUUCCAAAGACUGGGUCUGCUUAUCUCUAUAGCUAUGUGACUGUGGGUGAGCUGUUGGCAUUCAUCACUGGUUGGAAUUUAAUUCUUUCUUAUGUGAUUGGAACAUCAAGCGUGGCCAGAGCAUGGAGUGCGACGUUUGAUGAACUCAUAGGCAAGCACAUUGAGCGCUUCUGCCAAGAGCACAUGACAAUGAACGCUCCGGGGGUGCUAGCAGAAUAUCCAGAUAUCUUCUCUGUUCUCAUCAUCUUCAUCUUAACAGGGCUUUUAACUUGUGGAGUGAAAGAAUCCGCAAUGGUAAACAAAAUAUUCACCUGCAUCAACGUUCUCGUCCUUGGCUUCGUUAUGGUGUCAGGCUUUGUGAAGGGAUCAGUCAAAAACUGGCAUCUCACCAUCGACGACAUCUAUAACACGACCAAUGCUUCAUGUAGAGACAAUCAAACACAGGUAGAUCUGAAGCAUGGUGUUGGGGGGUUUAUGCCCUUUGGAUUCAAUGGAGUCCUCUCAGGGGCAGCCACAUGCUUUUACGCCUUCGUAGGAUUUGACUGUAUUGCCACCACAGGCGAAGAAGUGAAAAACCCCCAGAAAGCGAUUCCCAUUGGCAUCGUCGCCUCGCUCCUGAUCUGCUUCGUCGCUUACUUUGGCGUGUCAGCUGCCCUCACGCUCAUGAUGCCCUACUACUUGCUUGAUCCAAACAGUCCUUUACCCAAUGCAUUCCAGUACGUGGGCUGGGAGGGUGCCAACUAUGCAGUGGCUGUUGGUUCACUUUGUGCCCUUUCUACUAGCCUUCUUGGCUCCAUGUUUCCGAUGCCUAGAGUAAUUUAUGCUAUGGCAGAAGACGGACUGCUGUUUAAAUGUUUGGCUACGGUCAGCAAGAGAACCAAAACCCCAGCAAUAGCUACGGCAACUUCAGGGGCUGUGGCAGCUGCCAUGGCCUUUCUUUUUGACCUGAAAGAUCUUGUGGAUCUUAUGUCCAUCGGGACCCUGCUGGCUUAUUCCUUGGUGGCAGCCUGCGUAUUGGUACUGAGGUACCAGCCAGAGCAACCUAACCUGGCCUACCAGAUGGCUAGAACAACGGAGGAGCCGGACCCCAACGAGUCUGUGAGCACCAGUGAAUCGCAGGCUCCGUUUCUGCCUGAAGAGGAGGAGAAUGAUUCCCGAAAAGCCGUUCUGUUUCCCCAAAACUCAGAUCCCUCCAAACACUCUGGUUUGGUGGUUAACAUCUCAUCUUGUAUCAUAGGUUUACUUAUCGUCAGCUGCUGUAGCUUUACUGUCCUUGGCAAAGAGCUGCUGAUAAAAGGGACUGCGUGGGCUAUCGCCGUGAUUGCCGUGCUUGUUCUCUUUUGCCUCGUUGUCGGUUUAAUUAUUUGGAGACAACCUGAAAGCAAAACCAAGCUCUCGUUUAAGGUACCUCUUUUGCCUUUACUUCCUAUUCUGAGUAUUUUUGUGAAUGUUUAUCUCAUGAUGCAGCUGGAUAAAGGGACCUGGAUACGGUUUGCUGUCUGGAUGUUCUUGGGUUUUAUCAUUUACUUUGCAUAUGGAAUGGGGCACAGCGUGGAAGCUACGGAUUCAGCACCACCAGAUUCAGAAAGAAACAUGGACCCCAACUUGGACAGCUGUAAAUGAUAGCGUGUUCGGCUGAAGA